AUUGCCAUACUCGGGCUAACGUGACCGAAGACGUAGUGAAAAUGAUUGCCAGAGUGUGUGUCACAUCCAAGUUAUUCCAUUCAUAACACUGGUUUUUAUUUUGACAGUAAGAAUAGUGUGUCGUAGCCGUGAUGUACGAUUGAACAAACAAUACCUGAGGUAUAUUGUUAACGAGCAUUAAAACGGCUGGGCCGUGUAACAUCAGUAAUAUUGAUAACCGAGUGGUGCAGGAACAGGUUCCCCCCUCCCUUGCCCCCCUCCCCUCUCUCUCUCUGCAUGUGUCACUUUUGCAAAAGCACACUGGGAAUUUUUAUUUCCUGGCAGAUCGCUCAACACCUCCAACACGAUCAGCAGCACCAAUCGUUAGACUCCUGAACAGUUGCUGUCCUGCUCAAUUGUCGGCUUAUUCAGUGUCAACUGUGAAUUCAUGGACUUUUGUAUUUUGUGAACAAGUGAUUACGGACCUUUUGCAAUUUACAAAUAUGCUUUAACAAGUCGAUAAUUUUGGUGGUGAUUUUUUAAUAAGCGCGUGUGUGAUGCCUGGGAGUCGAUCCAGUACCGACCCAGAACACAAAUCACCGCGGGAAAGUGGUGAAGAUUCUGAAGAUGAGAGUGAGAUAUUGGAAGAAAGUCCCUGCGGGCGGUGGCUGAAGCGAAGGGAAGAGGUCUAUGUGGGAUCCAAGUCAACACUGGCUGAUGGUACGAAUUUUGGAGGGCUCAGGAGUGAUAACGACGUUUCUGAGAUGGAGGUUGGACAACGAGAAGUUCCGGGAAUUGACUGUGCCUACCUGGCUAUGGACACUGAGGAGGGGGUUGAGGUUGUCUGGAAUGAAGUGCAAUUCUCCGAGAGAAAAAAUUUCAAAGCACAGGAGGAGAAGAUUCAACUGGUCUUUGAAAAUUUGACGCAACUUGAACAUCCCAAUAUCGUCAAGUUUCAUAGGUACUGGACGGACACUCAUAAUGACAAACCAAGGGUCAUAUUUAUAACAGAGUACAUGUCGUCAGGAUCUUUGAAACAGUUCCUGAAACGCACAAAACGAAAUGUCAAGAAGCUACCACUUCAAGCAUGGAAAAGAUGGUGCACGCAAAUUCUCUCAGCACUCAGCUAUCUGCAUUCCUGCUCACCUCCCAUUGUUCAUGGAAACCUCACAUGUGAUACAAUAUUUAUUCAACACAAUGGUCUCGUCAAAAUAGGCUCAGUUGCUCCGGAGGCUAUUCAUCACAGAGUCAAGACCUGCAGAGCUAAUGUCAAAAAUAUGCACUUUGUCCCACCGGAGUAUGGAAACUCGUUAACACCUGCUGUUGACAUGUACUCAUUUGGCAUGUGUGCUCUUGAAAUGGCUGCCCUUGAGAUCCAAGGGAAUGGUGAUAGCGGUACAGUCGUAACUGAGGAUAAUAUUAGGAAGACAAUAGAAUCACUGGACGAUGCUCAACAGAAGGAUUUCAUAAGCAAAUGUCUACAGGUUGAUCCACACAGUCGACCCAGUGCACGUGAAUUGUUGUUCCAUCCAGUAUUGUUCGAAGUACAUUCGCUCAAAUUACUCGCAGCACAUGCCCUCGUCAAUUCUGCCACAAAUAUAUCGGAAACAAUUACGGACGAGGUACUGCAGAGGUUAUAUGGACCGGACACUGUACUUGCUGAAAUUAGAUAUCAAGGUCGACCCCCACACCAAAUACGAAUGAGUGAUAUACCGGUUGCUGAGAAAUUGGAAAAAUUUGUGGAAGAUGUCAAAUACGGUAUUUAUCCAUUAACAGCGUUCAUAGCCAAAACGCCGCCUCCAGUUGGUCCACGAGCGAUAUCACCUGAAGUGACCGAGUCCGUUAAAUCCGUAACACCAGAGCCAGUUGACGUAGAGACGCGUAGAGUAGUGAAUAUGAUGUGUAAUGUUAAGCCAAGAGAAGAGAGUUGUGAGUUGCUUAUGACGAUAUUGUUACGGAUGGAUGAUAAGAUGAACAGACAAUUGACGUGCCCUGUCUCACAAACGGACACCUCAAUGCUUCUCGCACAAGAGCUCGUACAUUUUGGAUUUAUCAAUGAGGACGAUCGUGAUAAAAUAGGAAAUUUAAUAGAGGAAGCACUGCGAAGUUGUUUCAGCAAACAACUGAUGAAUCCAGGAAUGGUAUCACUGACUAAUUUACCUAGUCAAACGACACUGUUAUUACCAGAUCCAGAACUUCAAUGCAUACAGAAUCUGGAUAAUUCCGUAGGUAACACCGUACCACCAAUCAACGACAGUGUAAUUAAUUCAACGCCAAAAUUAACAGGGCUUUCCAAUUCAACAAUUAGAUCAUGCACAAAUACUGAUAAUACUGAACCACCUACGAUUGCUGAUAGUGGCAGUUAACCAUCCAUGAUACUCAGUAAGAUCAUUUCCCUGUGCCACAUUGCACGCUCGAUGUAUAGACUGGCUAUGUAUUUUUAUAUUUUUAAGUAAUUUGCGAUUGAAAGACGAGUGGAAGUGAUGGGGAAUGGGAGUUAUUUGAUGAUAGUGGUGCCGUGGCUGAGGUUCUCGUAUUUUUUUAUAUUAAAUUGUUAUAUCUGUAUUUUUUCCUCCUCUGUUUUUAAUUUAUUCUGACAUUGCGAUAUUUCAUGACUCGUGACAAUUGGUUUUUUUUACAUUAGAGAGGGGAAUUUUUCCGAAUUCAGUGGAGCAUUGGUGACACGAGAUAUCACCAUUUUUAUAAUAUUCGAUUUACUUUCACAUCUUUGAGAGCCACAAAUUAUCGAAUUUAAUGUCAAAUUGUUUAGCUGCAAUUAUCUUUGUUCUGAGGUAGUUCCGGGGAAAGAGUCAUUAGAUAUUUUUUUUACUCCUUAGAUUGUCGACAAAAAAUGUCUUUUUACAUUUUCCUCGGAUUUCACUCAUCUCUGAGAUAAUUUACUGGUAAUUGAGACGUUAAGAUUAAGUCAUUCUAUCUCGUCUCACCGCUUCACCACUGAAUUCAUGUGAACUAUCUCCGCAGGACCAUCUAAAUUAAUCCAUACUGAUUAUACAUAUUGAUACAAAUCAAAUGAAUUACACCGUGAAAAUACGGCAACUCAAUUAAAUCGAAUGCAACAACUGUAUGAAAAAUGAAAAUUCGAAACUGUUAAUACAGAUAUUUACCAAAAACUCAAA